GAUAAACUCUUUUGCAAAGAAAAUUCAUUUGUCUAAAUAGAGAAGGGAAAGGAUAUACUGUAAAACCCCAAACCGAGCACGGAGGCUUUUGUACAAUCAUCAACAGAGCUCAUGAUUAAACUUCCAUUGAAUGCAGCUUUGGCUGCUCAGCAACACAAGAGUAUGCUUAUUCCAUGGUCUUGUGGAAGAUCAUCAAGCAGUAAUGUCCGUGUAAAUGUUUCCAAAAGGAGAAAUUUUUUGGUUGCGAUGGAAAGCUCUCCGGUGCAAUCUACCUCGCAAAAUCUUGGGCUCCCUAUUAUGGUAAAUGGUUGUACCGGAAAAAUGGGGAGGGCUGUUCUUGAAGCUGCUAUCUCUGCUGGACUUCACCCCAUUCCUGUAGCGUUAGGUGGGCCAUUAGAUUCUGGGAAAAUUGUGGAUAUUGGUGGAAAGGAGAUUGAAAUUCAUGGCACGUCUCAAAGAGAAGACAUUCUGUCUUCUGUUUUAACUGAAUAUCCAAAUUUGAUUGUGGUGGACUACACGGUCCCAGCUGCUGUGAAUGAAAAUGCUGCACUGUAUUGCAAAGUUGGAGUGCCAUUUGUAAUGGGAACCACUGGAGGAGACAGGGAGCAGCUGUAUAAGACUGUUGAAAACUCAAAUGUUUAUGCUGUGAUCUCUCCACAAAUGGGUAAACAGGUGGUAGCAUUUCUUGCAGCCAUGGAAAUUAUGGCAGAACAGUUUCCCGGAGCUUUCUUUGGGUAUCAUUUACAAGUGAUGGAGUCCCAUCAAGCCAGCAAAUUGGAUGUUUCUGGAACUGCUAAGGCUGUCAUCUCAUGCUUUCAGAAACUUGGAGUCUCCUUUGAAAUAGAUCAGGUUCAACUAAUACGUGACCCCAAGUUACAAAUUGAGAUGGUGGGUGUCCCAGAAGAGCAUAUAUCAGGCCAUGCUUUCCAUAUGUAUCAUUUGACUUCGCCUGAUGGAACUGUUUCCUUUGAGUUUCAGCAUAAUGUUUGUGGACGAUCAAUUUAUGCAGAGGGUACGGUUGAUGCCAUACUUUUCCUUGCCAAGAAGGUUCAAUCGAAAGCUGACAAGCGGAUAUAUGACAUGAUUGACGUUUUACGCGAGGGUAACAUGAGAUAAGGGCUGUUCUCAACCCGAUGUUUCUUUAUUUAUUGUUUCUUGGGAUAUUAGUCCUUUCACAGUGUGUAAUGUCAGAAUCUUAUAACAUGACAUAGGAUCAAAAUUUGAAAGUAGAGGUUCAUGUCAAUUUUUGUACCUAGGACGUUGGAUUUACGAUUCGGUUUCUCCAUAUGGAUGGAAGUCCAGAUUAUGAAAGAGGGACGGAUUUAUUUAUUUAAAUUAUAUUUUCAUC